AUGAUCUCCAAAGUAUUUCUUGCCUAUAUUUUGUUUGCCCUUGGUGCCAUCCCAGCUUCGUCGGUAGCCAAGCCCACUGCUGCCGCCGACGCCGAGGUUCCGGGAACACCCGCCGGCGCCCACUUAUCCACUGGAAAUGUUACGUUAGCCCCGAUCAGCCAAACGCCAGCCCAUCCCGCCACCCCGGCAAAUUCUACGACGAGUGCAAACAUCUCGGCGGCUGCCGGCCACCCUCCGGCCAAUGUCACCAGUGGGCCAAAAAGCGGCAAUGCGACUGAUACGGUUACUGCCCCAAAGGAGACCAAGACAAACGAAACCUCUGCUGCUCCUCACGCCGCCCAACCUAAUGCUGAAUCGCCCCCCACGACAACUUGCUUCCCCAAAAGUAAAUCUCAUGGCAUUGAAAACCAUCAUUGUGACAAGGCCCUGGAUAAAGUGGUAUUUUCGACAAACCAAACACUUGACAAGUUUUCUAGUCUAGUUUUCGUUAAUUAUAAAACAUGCAACAUUCACAUCCGAAAGCCUCAGAAUGGAACUUUGAAAAAGGUCGAUCUCAUCUUGAUGGUUCAUAACCUCACUGCCGACUGUCACUCUGUAGGAGGAGUGCGUUCACAAUCCUCGAAGGUCGCUGUACAAAUCGAGCGUGGUACCAAGGAAAACGUGCACGAUGUUGACAUCCCAGUUUGCAAGAAAGAGGAAUGUCCACUCACCCAAAGUGAUUGCUUGAGUGCUUUCUAUCAACUCCCCACAAAUUUUAAGGGAGUCUUUAUCAAUGGGAAGGCAAAGAAACCCUUCGCUCGUGCCACUAGUGGAAACUGCACUGUCACCGCGUCGACUACCGAUCUGUCUGAUUUCAUGAUGUCUCGACAAUUUGUCUUGCCCACUAUGAGGAAGCUCGUCAAUCAAUGCGGUGAACAUCCCGGCAAGAUAUACUUGAGCGGCGGCACGAAAGGGUACAACGGUGACAUCUGGCUUUCUACUCGUGCAUCCAACAAGGACCUGUGCCACUAG